UCUUGAAAGCAAUUCAAGUGAAUUACAAUAAUCUAGAGGUUCAAAUACAGCCUGAAAUUCUUUCAUUGAAAUCCCUGUCCUUCCUCGCACUUGGUUCGAACAAAGGUUUGACCAAUGUGACAGGGGCAAUGAAGAUACUGAUGGGUUGCAAACGUCUCGUAUUCCUUUCCUUGGGAUCUAGUUUUUUAGGUCUUGGAUCUGAGUGGCAACAGAAUCACAGGCUCAAUUCCAAGUUGGCUGGGGACUCUUCCAAGGCUGCAAACUCUACUACUGGGCUUCAACCAACUUUCUGGAGAAUUUCCAAAGGAAUUGUGCACACUACCUAUGUUAGUAUCUGGACAAGCUGCAGCUCAAGUAGGUCGUUUUUAUCUUGAACUGCCUGUCUACUACCAACCUAGUGCUGAUGCAGCAACAAAACAAAUAAAUUAUAUAUUUUUUGACCCAGUUAUAUACCUUAGUCACAAUUGCCUUAGUGGGAAUAUACCUAUUGAGAUUGGACAACUGCAGCUUCUCCAAGCGCUGGAUCUUAGUGCUAACAACUUCUCUGGCAACAUUCCAAACCAGAUAUCUAACCUAAAGUACAUGGAGCAACUGGAUCUCUCCAUGAACCAUUUGUCUGGAAAAAUCCCGGCAUCAUUCACAGGUCUUAAUUUCUUAUCAAGUUUCAAUGUCUCAUACAAUAAUCUUGGAGGACCAAUACCAUCUAGCACUCAACUCCAAAGUUUCAAUGCUUCUGCAUUUAAGGGGAAUCAACUUUGUGGUGCCCCACUUCCAAAUAAGUGUCAGACAACAGAGGAUGCUGAUGCACCUGAUAUGAGCACCCCAGAUGUAGACACCAAGGAGCAUCAAAGUCCAUGGUUUUAUGUUUCUGUUGCACUUGGGUACAUUACAGGAUUUUGGGGAGUCUGUUGUCCCUUGGUGCUUAUGAGAAAGUGGAGGUAUGCAUAUUACCAUUUCCUAGACAAUGUACAAGACAGCUUCCAUGUGAUGAUAGCAAAGUGUAUGGCAAGCAUGAGGAGAAAGUUUGUUUAGAAGUUAGAUAGUAGACAUAGUACUCUACUACUCUUAUUGUAAUAAUCGUAAUAAAACAUUCCCACAAAUUUUCAUUGACAAGCAUGAAAUUUUCAUAUGCAUUUACUUAUAAUUCAUACGGUGUAGAUCAGUGCCUGUAGUUGGCACACAGAGGAAAUAACAAUACAUUGUUUCUUUUUGUGGCAACUAACAAGAAAUUCAUACACAUAUAUUUGCUUCUGUAGGCCACUUGUGCGGAGAGAACUUGAGAGCAACAAGCAUAGAAUUCUUGCAACAGAUAGAAACAUAUGCACACUUUAUUCUUCUUCCAAUGCCAACUCCAUUUUAGUU